AUGCAAUACCUCCUACUUUUUGCUGCCAUCCUCCUACCUGAGAGUCUUCCUUUUCCACUAAAAUCUGAAACAGAAUCAUGGAACAACACAGCCUUGGAGACUAUAAAGACAUAUCUUGAUAGAUUUUUUCCAAUUCACACAAAAACACCAAAGCUAAACUUAGAAGAGAGGAUUAAAGAAAUGCAGAGGUUUUUUCACCUGACUAUUACUGGAAAAUUAAAUACAGAAACAGAAGAAAUACUGAAGCUGCCCAGAUGUGGGCUCCCCGACGUAGCAGAUUACAAAACAUUUCCUGGAAGUCCAAGAUGGAGAAAGACACAGUUGACUUACAGGAUUGUCAAUUAUACACCUGAUCUACCCCGAUAUAAAGUGGAUGAUGCAAUUAAAAGGGCUCUUAUGGUAUGGAGUGACGUGACUCCACUGACGUUCCGAAGAGUGUUCACUAGUAGCGCAGACAUUGAGAUUGCAUUUGCACGUCGUGAGCACGGAGACGGAUAUCCUUUUGAUGGAAGAGGUAACACACUAGCUCACGCAUUUGCACCUGGAGACGGGAUUGGUGGAGAUGCUCAUUUUGAUGAGGAUGAAAGAUGGUCAGACACCAAUCGAGAAGUUAAUUUGUUCCUUGUUGCUGCUCAUGAAUUUGGCCAUUCUUUGGGACUUGCUCAUUCAAACGUUCGUGGAGCUCUCAUGUACCCGAUCUACUCAUACGAGAACCCAGCAACCUUCAGACUUCCCGAGGAUGACAGGCGAGGAAUUCAGAAGUUAUAUGGGAAAAAGUCAUCAAACUUUUGA